AUGUCUGGUAUAGAUUACCAGCGUGAAUGCGAGCUUCCAGCUAUCAUUUCAGUCGACUCUCAAGUUACCAUGGAUUUAUCUCUUGCGCCGCCGGUCACUGCACAGGACUUGGACGAGCCUAUCUGCGAACACACUCUGCGGGAUUCUUCAGUCAACGUCCGUCCUCUCAACUCGCAGACUAACCAGACGAUGGAGUCUCUACCUACGCCACCGACCACUGCGCCUAACUCGGGGCCUUCCACUCCAGAUGCACAGCAGCGAUUGGACUUCCUGGCUUCGUACGGUCUGGAUGAAGCGAUGCUUCGCAAGAUCAAAAACGAUCUCGUAGACAUCGCGCGUACGGCUGGCCAGAUGAUGAUUGCGGCAGACCCUUCGGUCGUCGAAUCGGAUACGAAGAAGAACUCCUCGGAUCGUGUCACGGAGACGGACAAGGCGGUGGAGAAGAUGGUUCAGGACCGUCUGACCUCGGAGUACCCGCACUUCGGCUUCCUGGGUGAGGAGACGUUCAAGCUGGGCGACAAGCUUGGUGACAUGCCAACUUUCGUCUGCGACCCGAUCGACGGUACCCUCAAUUUCAUCCAUGGAUUUCCGAAUACAGCCGUCUCCUUAGCCCUGACAAUCGAGAAGAAGCCCUUCGUUGGCGUUGUAUACAACUCGUUCCGUGGCGACCUCUUCACCGCGAUCAAGUGGCAGGGUGCGUUCUUCACUACCUCCACGGGUAUUACUCGCCGUCUUCCGAUGUCUCCAGUUCCUAAGCCGAUGACCUCGCUGAACGACUGCCUCGUGGCCCUGGAGUGGGGCUCCCAGCGCGAAGGCUCCAACUGGGAGCUUCGAACGUCGAUGUCCCAGCAGUUGAUGACUUCAAAGGCAGCCGGUGGUGCGAUGGUGCAUUCCAUUCGAUCUAACGGUUCCGCCGCCCUCGACUUUUGCUACGUCGCAGCGGGUAUGAUUGACGUCUUCUGGGAGGGCGGCUGCUGGAUCUGGGAUGUCUGCGCCGGGUGGAUCAUCCUGGAGGAGGCUGGGGGCAUGGUUGCUAGUGCGAACCCUGGUGAUUGGGACCCCACACUCGAAGGUCGGUUGUACCUCGCUGUGCGUGGUGCCAAGCGUGCCGAACAGGAGGGCGUGGUGAAGGAGUUGUGGGAGAUGAUGGGCGAUCGAAAGUUCGUCUAUUGA